AUGCGCCUCUGGGGGCCGAUGCGUGAUGCUGGUGAUGGUUUGCGAGUCGGAACCAUACUCAAAGACGACUGGUGCGUCGGGGACUUUUGCGAUGAUGACAACAGCGACGACGAAGAUGAUGACGACGAAGGGGCAGCGGGAGGCUGUCGGGCCGUAGGCGAGUAUCGCUUAGUGCUCACAUCGGAUGGCCACGCUCGGGAGCACGGAGAUCGCGACAAGUCUAUGACGCGCUUGGAGGUGGUCAAGCAGCUGUUCAACGCUUAUGUAGAUAGAUCAUUGGCGUAUGACUAUCCCUGCGCAAUUGGUUUAGUUUGCUUCGGAGGCAAAGUGACCGAACGUUGCAAGCUGACUGCUGCAUACGAGUCCUUCAGGGAUUGCGUCCAGGAUGUCAAAGAGGAUGGCGACACCUGCCUGUUUGAUGCUUUGCACAAGGCAGGAAGCCUCCUGAAAGAGUGGCAAAAUCGACAGAUGUCGCGCACCAGGAGCUUGCCUGCCCCCAAGCUGCGCAUUGUGGCCCUGUCAGAUGGCAAGGAUACGUGCUCAGACAAAGGGCCACUAGAGGUGGCGCGCUUCCUGCGUGCCUCAAACAUUGUUGUUGACUCCGUGCUUAUUGGAACAGAGACCGACUAUCGGCUUCAUCGCAUCUCCAAAGCUUCCGGCGGUUACGUCUUCAAGCCGGAGAGCCUCAAAGAUGCUGUGCGCCUCAAUGAGCUGGAGGUUUUUCUUUCGUGCCAUGAGCGACCCAAGCUCGACAAAUCCAAACUAAACAAUUGGCAGGCCUUGGGGCCUCGGGGCUGCCCUGUGGAUUCCUGCAGUGAAGAUCAUGUGCCGCCGCGAAAGCAACCCCAAGAGCUUCGACACGCGGUGCAUGGCCUAGAGGAUGCCUUGCGCGAUGCAGCUCCGGCGCCGGGCCCUUCGGCGGUGCCGAACCCCCAACGGCAGCAGCGGAUCUUGCAAGAGAUGCGGCAGCUACACCGCAGCCCACAUCCGGCAGUGGAUAUUUUCCCCAGCUGCUGUAAUGUUGGCUUUUGGCAAGCCACAAUGUCGGGACCCGAUGGCACAGCCUAUGCUGGUGGGGUCUGGAAGAUCUAUGUGCAGUUUCCGGCAGACUAUCCAGUGGUUCCGCCUCAGUUGCGUUUUAUCACGCCCAUCAAACAUUGCAACAUCAAUCAGCACGGCCGUGUGUGCCAUUCGAUUUUGGGUCGGAACUGGACCCGAGAUACAAGCAUGCAGGUAGUGCUGCAAAAUGUCUAUGGCCUCUUGCUGGAACCUGAUGUGGAGGAUCCGUUGGACAGCACCUUGGCCCUCGCCUUUUAUGAUGACAAUGGCCUCUAUGAAACUUCCAUCGUGGAAUAUGUAGAGAAGCAUGCAAAGGCCAAAACCAGGGCCGAUUGGUUCAAACUGCUGUCUGCUCCGGAAGAGCUUGUAGAGACCCUUCCGGAUCGUGACGUGUCGGUACUAACUGGUGGCCUACCAGGGGUGCAGGAGCAGAUGGUGAAGUCACUGAGUUCACAUGGAUUUCAACAGAUCACGAACUUGGUGCAUUUUGGCCAAGAGAGAGGCUACGCCGCCAUCGGCGAGGACUUGGUGGCGGGCGUCGAUGCCGCGGAGCGACGGAAAGUCUUCAGCCGCGUCGGCGACGUUUACCUUUGCUUCGAAGGGGGUCCAGGUGUUGCUGAAGAAGCUCGGGUAGCCUUUAGCCGAGGUGCUCGAGUGGUGCCAUUGAUGGGCCUGGGAGGUGCUGCUGGUGGUGACUAUGGCUUUCCAUUGCAGGCCUUGGAGGUUCCGACUUGGUGUUCCAGUGAGGACUGGGCGCGUUUGUCGCAGCUGGGGAACGUGGAGGAAGUGGCCGACGCAGUGGUACGUGUGCUACACAAAGCCCUCCAGGAUCCACGCAGCAGAGGUGGCAAUGCUCGAAAAAUCGCAGACAACUCACCAGAUGUGGUGGUGACCGGGCCAAUGUGCUUGGUUUGCGGUCCAUGA